UUUAUUUUGAAAAACAUGAACUGGGAAGAGGAUUACCAUUGUUGUGCUUAGCACGAGUUUUCUUUUCCCCUAACGACAGCAUUGUUAUAGCAAAAUCUAUGUCUUUUAUUACAAAAUUAUAGACACUGGUCAGAAUGUCGGAUUUGGAGGUACAGGUAGGCUCCAUUUUGGAGAUGAUGGUAAAUGCGACAGUAACAGAAAUUAGUAAAGUUAUCAGCGGGUCUGCGGAAAGAUAUGCAGAAAUGUCAUCAUGUGAGACUGAACACACACAAGGGUCCUCCGAGGAGAAGGUGAUCCAGCUCAGCGUCUUCAUGAUGUCUCUGGCUCGAGAAGCUGUGGAGAAGAUCUGCCAGCUUUACCUCGACUGUUCCUCUCUGCUGCAGCUGGAGCAAUACCACAUUUCAGGUCAAGAUAACUCAGCCUUCAAGUUUACAAUGACCGUCAAAAUGAGGAGAAACAUUCUUGAACCUACGCUCACACAGGGGGUUUCAGAGAUGGAGGACCUGCGGAGGAGACUGAAGGAGGCUGAGACGGAGCUAAAGUUGGUGCUGGAAGGCAGCGGAGGCCAAAAGGAGGCAGAGGAGCUGACAGAAGAGCUGUCGGAGGAGCUGAUGGAGGAGCUGGCGGAGGAAAGCGGCAUAGAGAAGGAGGACAGGAGGGCUCAGAAUAACGGAGAGGCAGGAGAACCUGUGCAGAGCCAGCGCUCGAGGAGGAAGCGUCGCAGAGUAGGUUCUAGCAGAGAUGCUGGAGUGCAGAGGUCCCCUAUAAUCCACCUGUGGAAAGGCAGAACAUAUGAGGACAGUGUCCAACCGGUGAUAAUAAAGGAGGAAGGCUUGGAGGCAUUGGCGGACCAGGCGUCCUCUGACUCCGGUCAGUACAGAGAAGAUCCGUGCCAGGACAACGACGACGACCCAGACUACCAGAUGGAGCCAGAUGAUCCAGAUGACGGUGACCCGGGAUUAACUACCAGACCUAAACGUGUUGUUAAGCCAAAGUCCCUUCGAGGUAGAGUGAGGAAGGAGAGUCAGAACCAGCAGCCUUUGAGCUGCAAAUUCUGCAGGAAGACAUUCACCAAACUGCUGCACCUGAAGGCUCACCAGGCCGUCCACGGGACCAGCACUGAGAAGCCUUUCCGCUGCUCUCAGUGCGGCAGAGGCUUCUCAUUCCAGCGCAGCCUCAACGCUCACAUUCUGCUUCAUACAGGUGAGAGACCCCACACCUGUGAUGUUUGUGGGAAGGGCUUCACUCUCAAGCAGCUGCUGAGGAACCACCAGCGCCUGCACGCCGAGGUCCGGCCGUUUCGCUGCGAGCAGUGCGGUAAGAGCUUCUACCGAGCCCACGGCCUAAAGAUGCAUCAGAUGGUCCACACGGGGGAGCGGGCCUACGACUGCCAGUACUGCAGCAAGAGCUUCACCAUACAGGGAAACCUGCAGCGCCACCUGCGCAUUCACACCGGGGAGAAGCCCUUCAGGUGUGAGACUUGUGGCAAGAGCUUCAACCAGGCGGACACUCUGAAGGGCCAUCAGCGGAUACACACCGGGGAGCGUCCCUUCAGCUGCGAGACCUGCGGCAAGUGUUUCAUCCAGAAGAGUGCCUUGAAGAUGCACCAGAAGACUUCCCACUCAGGCUCCAGGGAGAGGUCUCUGGCCUGCGUGGCGUGCGGCACCGCAGUGACCUGUGUGGACUCGCUGCGCAAACACCUCCAGACCCACGCAGCGACCAUCCCCUGUACGUGUGUGAUCUGCGGCCGGCGGCUCAGCUCCAUCACAGACCUGCGCUCGCACCAGCAGCACCACACCGUGGACCGGCCGCACAGCUGCGGGCUCUGCGGUAAGAGCUUCAAGUCGUCCAGCUACCUGAAGAUUCACCUGAAGACGCAUAGCGGGGAGAAGCCCUUCUCCUGCGACACCUGCGGACGCAUGUUCACACAGCACAGCAGCCUUAAAUCCCAUCAGGUUGUCCACACGGGAGAGAAGCCGUUCAGCUGCGACACAUGUGGGAAGUGUUUCAGCAACACGGGAAACCUGAACAGACACCAGCGCAUCCACACCGGGGAGAAGCCAUUCAGCUGCGACACGUGCGGCCGCAGCUUCAACCAGGGAAACAGCCUGAAAGCACACCAGCAGAUACACACCGGGGAGAAACAGUUCAUGUGCGACAAGUGCGGGAAGAGUUUCUCCUAUCUGAGGAACCUGAAGGACCACAAGUGUUUCUACGUCUAAAGACUAAACUGUGAAGGGAAGGAUGAAAUCCCUGAACCUAGGUGCUUUUGGUGAAUAUAUAGUUUGGUUUUGCAGAUUCCAACCUCGACUAAAGUGGUGAGGAUAAAUGCAGUGUGGAGUUUGGAUUAGUAAAAAUGUUAUCAGCCUUAAAUUGAAGUUGAAGAGCACCAUUAUAAAAUCAGCUCAAAUGAUUUGAGGCUGGGUACUGCUGAACAACGAAGAGUAUAACAGACACUUUCUUUAAGCUGUGUAGGCCUUAGAAAACUCUUUCUAUAGUACUACACUUUUGGUCUCAGCUUAAUUAAAACAUUUGCCGGCAGUUUUCACAUUCCCCAGUUUCACUAGCUCUCGAUAUUAUUUGUUUGAACAGAUGGACAACCCGUGAGUAAAUGUGUAAUCUGUGAAUUUAAAACACUGCACAUUUUUUUAGAGUUUAAAAAUGUUUCUUUGCAUUUGUGGGGAUUUUACAUCUACAGAUAACACAAGUACACACUGACUGCCAAUGUGUUGACACAAACAAUAGUGGGAUGAAUCUAUCUAAAAACAAUCUUACCAGCCACAAUUAAAAGCAGUCUUUUGCCGACAGAUGUUGAAUUGCAACCCUGAUUAAAGCUAAAAAAGUGUGACUGACAUUUAUUGUAAUAUCAGGAUUUUUUAACACCCUUUGACUUUUGGAAACAACACUGUCUUGUGUGCAGUAGAAGAGCCAAUGGGCUGGCUGAGAGACCCGAACAGUGAUUUUGUAAGUAUGUGUCAUCCCCAACCUCUCUUGUGGAGUGGAUAUUUUUUACAAAAUUGUCAAACUGAUAAACAUUGUUAUUUAAA